GGUAAGGUAAGGGGAAUGUUUUUCUUUCCGGACUGAGAACAGGAAGUUGGGAGUUGGGGAAUAAAAAAAUGGAGGACGUUCCGAGUGGAGCGCCGCAACAUUGCCCUGGCACCAGCAGUGACCAGGCAGGAAAGAGCUCUGCCUGUCAGGGGUGUCCUAACCAAGCAAUAUGUGCCUCAGGAAUGACCAAGGCCCCUGAUCCUGCUGUAGAAGAAAUCCGGCAGAAAAUGUCUACUGUUAAACACAAAAUCCUGGUCCUGUCAGGCAAGGGAGGGGUGGGGAAGAGUACCUUCAGCGCACACCUUGCUCAUGGCUUGGCCAGUGAUGGAUCCACAGAGGUUGCUCUGCUUGAUGUUGACAUCUGUGGGCCAUCCAUUCCAAAAAUCAUGGGCCUUGAAGGAGAACAAGUGCACCAGAGUGGAUCUGGUUGGUCUCCAGUGUACGUGGAAGACAAUCUUGCGGUGAUGUCCAUUGGCUUUUUGCUUAGCAGUCCUGAUGACGCUGUGAUCUGGAGAGGGCCAAAGAAAAACGGAAUGAUCAAGCAGUUUCUGAGAGAUGUUGACUGGGGUGAUAUUGAUUACCUCAUCGUUGACACCCCACCUGGGACAUCUGACGAGCACUUAUCUGUUGUUCAGUACCUCAGCAGCACUCACAUUGAUGGGGCCAUAAUAAUAACAACUCCACAGGAAGUUUCAUUGCAAGAUGUCCGAAAAGAGAUUUCUUUCUGCCGAAAGGUGAAGCUGCCUGUCAUUGGAGUUGUCGAAAACAUGAGUGGCUUUGUGUGUCCUAAGUGCAAGAAUAAAUCUCAGAUUUUUCCUCCUACCACUGGAGGGGCAGAAAAAAUGUGCCAGGAUUUCAACAUCCCCCUGCUGGGGAAGGUGCCUCUGGACCCUCGCAUAGGAAAGAGCUGUGAUGAGGGAAAGUCCUUCUUGACGGAAGUGCUAGAUUCUCCAGCCACUGCUGCCUACAAGAGCAUUAUCCAGCGUAUCCAGGAGUAUUGUUCAUCUCAUCAACCACAGGAUUAAAACACACUAGCUGAGUGUUUUUGGCUGACCAAUUAUUAAGCGAAUGGAACGGCGUUUCCUACAAAGAAAUGCACUGGAACUGGGUUUUUAUUACUGAUAAAAUGUAGUCAUGUGUCCUCUUCAAGAGCGGAAAUAUUCAAAUAAAAUGUAUUGCCUUAAUCAAAAAUAAAUCUGCAUUGUGGGAUCUCAUUCGUACUGUGCAGCUGUAAACCUCAGCACCGCUCUGCAACCUUUUCAGUACUCGGCUGAAAAAGGAAAUGUGGCUGAUGUGUAUGUUUGCAAGAGCCUCACUGGUUACUUUUUUCUUGGUCACCUGCAAAAGAAAAAAAAAAAGUAACGGUGAAAAUGUCAAAUUUGCUUUAGCAAACAGAAACUUUAAAUUUCUUCCAAAGAUAAAAUAAUUUUCAGAAAGCAAAUAGAGUAUAUUUUAUUAACACAUUUUUCGACAGCCUGUUUUUAUCUUUAUUUAAUCUUAUGAGCCAUCUUUUUGCACAAUGUUUAUGUUCAUGCUGAACAUUAAAUAAAGACCUCUGAAUCAAA